AUGUCAACCUCUUUUUAUGGCGAUUACUACUCUAGCUCUUAUAAUGUUAGAAGAAUUAGGAAAAAUAACGGUCCAGAAACCAGUGAGAGCGUCACUACCUCCACUACCUCCACUACCCUCGCUACUUCCACAAGCUCUAUUACCUCUAAUAAAAGCACUUCUGCUGUUCAUAAGCCUAUUGAAGACGAAGAAUUAAGAAAGCUCCGCCGAUUAUGGUGGGAAGAGGGCAACAUACACCCACAAGCAAAAUGGGAAGAGGCCAAGCUCCCCUACAUUAUUGCUGAGGGAAUCACAUUAGAGGAAUACGAAGAACGCACAGAUAAUUUUAACAUCCGUGCUUUUUGGGAAUGGGUCGAUUGUAAAAUCAUCAUUAAUGAACUUCCAUCAGCACACCACGAAAUCUUUAUUGGUUCGAUCACCUCAGAAAUAAUGGAGAAAUGUCUUCCUGUUAAACGAACUGAUGCCGAAAUUGGGAGUCUUGGCGCAAUUC